GUUCUUUACUUUUCAACCAAUGGAAUAAUUUUCCUAUUGAUUUAUGAAAAACAGUGCAUCCAAAAGUACACACAUUCUCUCUCUCUCUCUCUCUUGCUCUGUCUGUAAUUGCUAAACUGCGAACUGCCGAUUAUCAAAGGGAAGAAGAAGAAGUAGUAAUGAGAACAAAACUACCAAUCUAAUAUUGUGCUCAAUUGGUGGUGGUCGUGCUGCUUCCGCUUCUACUUGCUUUUCAAAGUAAAGUAUAUAAGAUGCUGACAAGGACCCUCUUUGCUUUCUCAAUCAUUUCAUUGGGUUGCUUCACAUGUCUGGAAUAUGCAGAAUCCAAACUACCCCAUCAAGAGGUGAAUGCUCUUAAAGAAAUCACCAGCACAAUGGGUGUCAACUAUUGGAAGUUUGAUAGUGACUCUUGUGAAAUUGAAAUUGUGGGGUUAACACCAGAAUCACCUGCUGGAUCUGAAAGUAGCAUUGAUUGUGAUUGCUCUUUUGAAAAUGGUACCUUCUGCCAUGUAGUAAGGAUUAUGCUCAAGGGGUACAACCUUCCGGGCAUGCUUCCACCUCAACUGGUUAAGCUUCCUUACCUCAAAGAAGUUGAUUUUGCUUUGAACUACCUAAAUGGUGCAAUUCCAAAGGAGUGGGCUUCAAUGAACCUAACUUCAAUCUCUCUACUUGUUAAUCGUUUAUCAGGGGAAAUUCCAAAGGAGUUGGGAAAUAUUACCAGUCUAACAUACCUGAACCUUGAAGCUAACCAAUUUUCUGGUCUUGUUCCCUCUGAACUUGGAAGUCUACUUAACCUGCAAACUUUGAUUUUAUCAUCUAAUAAGUUGUCCGGGAAUUUACCUGGCACAUUUGCUCAUUUACAGAAUUUGAUAGAUUUUAGGAUAAAUGAUAAUAGUUUCAACGGAAAAAUACCUAGCUUCAUCCAGAAUUGGAAAUUACUUGAAAGACUAGAAAUGCAUGGAAGUGGACUCGAGGGGCCAAUCCCAUCAAAUAUAUCUCUUUUGAGUAAUUUAUCUCAACUGAGGAUUACUGACAUAAAGGGUCCAAGCCAGGAAUUUCCUAUUUUAAGCAACAUGACAGGAAUGAUAAGAUUGAUUUUGAGAAGUUGUAAUAUUACUGGAGAACUUCCUAGCUACUUCUGGACAAUGAAGAAUUUGGAAAUGUUGGAUCUCAGUUUCAAUAAGUUGGUUGGGAGAAUACCAGAAACUGUACAUGUGGGGCAUUUGAGAUUUGUCUUCCUAACUGGCAACAUGCUGAGUGGUAAUGUACCUGACUCAAUCUUGAUGGAUGGAAGCAAUGUUGAUCUUUCUUACAACAACUUUACGUGGCAAGGACCUGGACAACCUGCUUGCGGAGAUUACCUGAAUUUAAACCUAAACUUGUUCCGGAGCUCCUUAGGGAUCAAUGCAUUGCAGGGGAUUCUUCCAUGUUCACAAACUUUCAACUGUCCUAGAUAUGCAACAUGUUUGCACGUCAACUGUGGUGGAAAAGAUAUACACGUGAAGGAAAAUGGUGAAAAUAUCCUCUAUGUAGGAGAUGGUGAUGUGGUGGGUGGUGCUGCAAAAUAUUUUAAUGAUUAUAAAAAUUACUGGGGGUUUAGUAGCACCGGUGACUUCAUGGAUGAUGGUGAUUUCCAAAAUACACGUUACACCAAGUCUUUGUCAUCUUCAAAUAUCCCGGAGUUAUACACAACAGCUCGUGUCUCUCCGAUUUCACUGUCUUAUUUUCACUAUUGCUUGGAAAAUGGGAAGUAUACUGUAAAUCUCCAUUUUGCAGAAAUUAUAUUUUCCAAUGAGAAGAUAUAUAGAAGUCUUGGAAAGCGCUUAUUUGAUAUCUAUAUUCAGGAAAGAUUAGUUUGGAAGGAUUUUAAUAUUGAAGAUGAAAUACACGUUGCUCUAAAACCACGGACAAUCUCAAUAUAUAAUGUCACUGUAACUGACAAUAUUUUGGAGAUUCGAUUCUACUGGGCUGGCAAGGGAACUACAAGAAUUCCUGUUAGUGGAGUUUAUGGUCCCCUCAUAUCAGGUUUCUCUAUUGUUUCUGAUUCUAAACCUUGUGCUGACCCAAAAAAGGGAAGGCGUAAAAUAGUCAUUGGAGUUGGCUUUGGAGUUUCAGCUCUAUGUCUAGUCCUUAUUAUAGUAGGAAUCUUUUGGAGGAGAGGCUACAUCAAAGGAAUAAUUAGAAGAGAAAAAGGUAUCAAAGGUCAAGAUUUUCAGCAGGGAACGUUUACCUUAAAACAAAUUAGAGAUGCCACAGAUGACUUCAGUCCUGAUAACAAGAUUGGAGAAGGUGGUUUUGGUCCUGUCUACAAGGGUCAAUUAUCGGAUGGUACAUGGGUCGCGGUCAAACAACUCUCAUCAAAGUCCCGGCAGGGAAACCGUGAAUUUUUAAAUGAGAUAGGCAUGAUAUCUUGUGUGCAACACCCUAAUCUUGUGAAACUUCAUGGAUGUUGCACUGAAGGGGAUCAAUUGAUCUUGGUGUAUGAGUACAUGGAAAAUAAUAGCCUGGCCCGAGCUUUAUUCAGUUCAAAAGAUCAGCUUAACCUAGAUAGGCCAACAAGGCUCAGGAUCUGUAUUGGCAUAGCAAAAGGUCUUGCAUUUCUCCAUGAAGAAUCAAGACUAAAGAUUGUUCAUCGAGAUAUCAAAGCCACUAAUGUGUUGCUGGAUGGGAACUUAAACCCUAAAAUAUCUGAUUUUGGGUUGGCUAAGCUUGAUGAAGAGGAUAAAACCCAUGUCACCACUAGAGUGGCUGGGACAAUAGGAUAUAUGGCACCGGAAUAUGCAUUAUGGGGUCACCUGUCUUAUAAGGCUGAUGUUUACAGUUUUGGAGUUGUGGUCUUGGAAAUUGUUAGUGGAAAGAACAAUAACAAUUACAUGCCAAGUGAUAAUUGUGUAUGCCUUUUAGAUAGGGCAUAUCAUCUGCAACAGACUGAAAACUUGGUGAAAUUGGUUGAUGAAAGCUUGGGAUCAAAGGUAAACCCAACUGAAGCACAAAAUAUGCUGAAAGUAGCUCUCCUGUGCACAAAUACAUCACCAUCACUUAGGCCUACAAUGUCUGAGGUUGUAAACAUGCUUGAAGGAAGAAUAAGCAUUCCAGAUGUUGACCCAGAAACAAGUGUUUUCCGUGAAGAUUUAAGGUUUAAAGCCAUGAGGGACAUCCGUCAACACAAGGAAAAUCACAGUUUGAGCACAAGCCAAACAGACAAUUCAACAGGGCUCACGCAUAGCUUUCCCUCAACAUCUGGCAAUGACAUGCAUCAGAUAUCCUCAGAAUCAUGAUACAGCAUGAACGAGGUUUAAUCUUUCAGAGAAAACAAAACAAAAUGAUCAUUAUUGUAGCAGAUAGCAGAUUUGAGCUUAAUAGUUUACAAUUGAUUCUCACAUGCCUUGGUGAGUUCACAAUCUAAACUUUUGCGUAAAUUUACAACUGUUCUCUUCUCCAGGGAUAAGUAGUACAAGGUUCUUUUAUUUUUUCCUUAAGGUAGAGCCUUUCUUUCACUACAUAUAGUUUUUGGGAAACAAUGUACAUAUAGAUUUUAGCCUAAAGCAUAUCUUACUCUUUUUUUUA